AUGGGAGUCGGCAAUGUGAUGCAGGAGCAUCACCGGAAAAAGCGAAAGAAGGACAUGCAAAAGAACAAACAGCAACGCCUGAAAGCUCGCGAUGAACGAGUGCUGACCACCAAAUCAGUUUCCAGUGUUCAAGAGGAUAUUAAAAAGUUAAAAAUCAGAAAAAAUCUCCAACCGACUGAAACACAAAAGCUGCAGCGAUUGGAAAAAGAGCUGAAGAUUCUAAAGGAAGCUCAAAGCAAACAACCCAAGCCCCACUGGAAACCACAGCAAACCCAUUCGGCUCCAAAGCUUGACAAUCCGAAGAAAUCUGUCUACUUUGACGAAAAAUUCAACCCAUAUGGUGCCCCGCCUCCCGGAAAGCCAAGGCUCUACCACCGAAGGGGUGGAGGUGUUACUAUGAAUAUGGAUGAAGCGAUUGUCCCUGGAGAGGAACCACCGCCGCCACCUCCUCCACCUCCUCCACCUCCACCACAACAAAACAAUCAUCGUCAGGCCAAUGAUAAUCGAGGAGGUCACGAUAGAAGAGGAGACCAUACUAGAGGUGCUAGAUCUCCUUCUCCGCCCCGAAAAGAAACUGAGUCACAAUCUACAACGAUACGAGAAGAACGAGCCAAAGAAGUUGAAUCGACAGAAGAGAAGAACAAGCCAUUGACGAUACCAUCGCUCCCACCACCAUCCAAAGCAGUCGAACGUGGACGUAGAGGAAAGGUGAAUGCAGAUAUAUGGGCAUCAAACGAGGAAGUAGACUACGAACUACGGGCCAAUCAAGUGGACCUCGAGGCCGACAACAUUGGUGAAGUCAAAAAGAAAGCAGCGAAAAAGAAAAAGAAGAAACCACCACUCGAAUUCCACUAUCAGGACAUGUCUGGCCAAGUACAAGGUCCGUUCCAAAAAGCACAAAUGCGCGAAUGGAUGAAUGCUGGCUUCUUCCCCCCAUCGACAAAGGUAAGGACUAGUCGGAAAGAUAUAUGGCUCCCAAUUGGUGAAGUGCAGGCUUUGGAAGAAGUCCAAACACCAGCUCCAUCGGCGUCCGCAAAUGAGCCGUCUGUUAGUGAUCGAAUUGCAGCACUAAAGGGAGAGAACAGCAUACAGGAUCGUAUCGCAGCGCUCAAGGGACAAAACGAAGAUAGUGGCGAAGGCGACAAUGUUGACAACGACGAACUCCGCGAUCGCAUUGCAGCGCUCCGGAAAUCACUGGCCGCAAAGGCUCCACAAGAAGCUCAAGUUGUCAAUGAUGAUGAAUCAUCGAUGCCGCACAAUUCUACCCCAGCGUAUCCUCCACCCGAUGAUGUUUAUGAAGAGGAACAAGACGUGGGACCGGCCUAUCCGCCACCUGAUGACGUUUACGAAGAAGAACAAGUUGCUGGACCAGCUCACCCUCCCCCAGAUGAUGUCUAUGAUGGGGAACAACAAGCUGGACCAGCGUAUCCUCCAUUGAACGAUGUGUAUGAUGACGAGCAAGAAGCUGGACCAGCGUAUCCUCCACCAGAUGAUGUUUACGAUGGAGAGCAAGCAUCUGGACCGGCGUAUCCUCAGCCGGAUGAUGUUUACGAUGGAGAGCAAGAAGGUGGACCAUCGUAUCCUCAACCAGAGGAUGUACCGGCAUACCCACUGGACGAACAAGGAGUUGCACCGUACACUGUCGAUGAGGGCUACGGAGAAGGCCAGGAUCAAGGUCCAGCACCAUACCCAGUUGGUGACGGGCCUCCUGCGGUGGCACCUUACCCAGCCGUCGAUGUUCCAUAUCCAGCGAACGAUUCCUAUCCUACCGACAUGGCGUACCCUGCUACUGACACCUAUCCAGUUUCAGAAGGAGACCUAGCCUAUCCUGCAACGGAUGCAUAUCCCGCGGUAGAACCAUACCCUGUGGCGGACGAGAGUGAUGACAUACAAGGGCCACAAAUGGGCCCUCCUAUGGAACCUCCGCAGAAAACAAUAAAGGUAGACAAGGCCGUCGUAGCUUUUCUUCCCUCCCAUUUGCGCAAACCGAAACGGAAGCCUGCUGCAGCGGAAUCGGAAGCAGCCCCGAAACGAACAAAGGUGAAGGCGAAGAAUGACAAGAAUGGUACAGAGGAUGACUUGGACAAGUUUAUGGAAGAGAUUGAUGGGCUAUAA